GGGGCCCCCCGACAGCUCGGACGGAGUCACGCCCUUCCACAUCCUCGCCCCGACGUCCUCCGGACUCCCGACAAAUCUCCAUAUUGGUCUCGACAGAGAAUCACGUCGUGGUAUCGUCCCACGUCCACGCGUCAACGAAGCGCUCCCCCCUUCCGACGUUAACGGGUCGUUCAGGCGACGGCACGUCUCUGACAGGAUGGGCAAUAAGAUCGCCACGUUUACCGACGAACAACUCGAAGACUACCAGGACUGCACCUACUUCACAAGGAAAGAAAUACUCAGGGUACAGAAAAGGUUUCGGGAGCUCGACAGCCAGAGGGUGCCGGAAGUCAUGACGGGAAACGAAGCCCACACCAUCGACGUGCCCAUGGAAAAGAUUGAGAAGAUGUCCGAGCUCAAGGAGAACCCGUUCAGACAGCGCAUCUGCAAGGUGUUCUCGCACGACGGCAGCGGCAACAUGACGUUCGACGACUUCCUGGACAUGCUGUCCGUGUUUAGCGAGCCGUCACCGAGGGACGUCAAGGUCUUCUACGCCUUCCGCAUAUACGAUUAUGAUGAAGACCAGAUGUUAGGGCCCAGUGAUAUCGAGAAGGCCACCGUGGCGCUGACGAGGAAUCAGCUCACCCCAGAAGAGGUUCAAAUCGUCGUGGAGAAGGUACUCGAAGAGGCCGACAUGGAUGACGACGGCAAGCUCUCUUUCACCGAAUUCGAGCACGUCAUUACGAGGGCACCAGACUUCAUCAGCGCUUUUCACGUUCGGAUUUGA